AUGGCGACUAAAAUUGAUGACAAUAAGACAUUUUGGCUUGAAUUUAUCGCCCUUUAUCAAACGUUUCCUGAAUUGUGGAAAGUUAAAAGCGAAGUCUAUAAAAAUAGAAUCAAGAAAGAUGCGGCGUACGAAAAACUGGUAGAGAAAUUGAAAGAAAUUGAUCCGAAAGUGAAUAGGGAUUUAGUGCGUGCCAAAAUAAAUUCUCUUCGUACAUCAUACCGUAGAGAAUUGAAGAAAGUUAAGUCCAGUCAAAAAUCAGGUGCAGGGGCUGAUGAUAUUUAUGAACCGAGUUUGUGGUAUUACUAUGAAAUCGAUUUUUUAAGAGACCAAGAGACUCAAUUGCAAGGAACUUCCACAUUAGACAGUAUUGAUGAAAUUGUCGAUGUAGUCGAGGAAAACAACGAUGAAGCGGUUGUGGAAGAUAGCUUUUUAUUUCAAACAAUACCACAGAGUACACCGAAUAAAAAAUUUACACUCAAAAGAAAGGCACCCACAGACGAAGAAAGUAAAAGGUCUAAAUUAUUGGAUAUGGCUUGUCAACGUCUCCAAAAACCACCUCCGAUUCACAAGUCCUGGCAAAGGCGUGGGGCAUAGAAUUUGACAAAAUGAAAGCAGACCAGCAAUUAUACGCAAAAAAAUUCAUUGACGACA